GGGUCUAGGUGAUUUAAGCCAAUGAUAUGAGGCGAUAUUCUGCGGGAAAAAACGGUGACAUGCGAGGCAGUGGGUCUUUAAAGGGCUGCUCUUCCCCUGCUCACGAGCGCAAUCUCGUAGGACUUGUUAGCGUAUCACGUGCCAGAUUCUUAAUGAAGUGGACACACAGGGGCCUCGUGUGCGCAUGCGCUCGGUGUAAAAUGUAGUUGGAAAUGAGGUGUCCGUCUUGGAGUAGUCGACUUUUAAAAAGCAUCGGCAGCCCGUGAUAUGACGACUUCGCUGGUUCUGCAUCCACGCUGGGCGGACACCUUGAUGUACGUUUAUGAAAAAAGCCCGAAUGAAAACAACCAGAAUAAAAGCCAAACAAUGGAGGGACUGAGCGGUAAUUGCCCUGCGACCCACUGCAGGGACCUGAUGUCGCACCCCGCGCUGGGACGACAUUCUGGCACCUUAGCGACCCACCAGGGCUCCGUCUACUCGGAUAUUUCCUCUCCAGACACCGGCCGACAGUGCCCCGCUCCACAAACAUCGUCCAGUGCAUCUUUGAGUUAUGGUUAUCCCUUUGGAAACCCAUAUUACGGCUGUAGAUUAUCUCACUCGCACAACGUGAACUUGCAGCAGAAGCCCUGCUCGUACCAUCCCGCAGAGAAAUACGCCGAGCCCAGCUCAGCGCUGCCCACGGAAGAACUGUCUACCAGAGCGAAAGAGUUUGCCUUCUACCCGAGUUUCGCCAGCUCGUAUCAGGCUGUUCCUGGAUAUCUCGACGUGUCUGUGGUCCCUAGUAUCAGUGCCCAUCCUGAACCGCGGCACGACGCCUUGAUCCCCAUGGAGGGCUACCAGCACUGGGCUCUCUCCAAUGGCUGGGAUGGGCAGGUGUACUGCUCCAAAGAGCAAACGCAGUCAACUCAUCUUUGGAAAUCACCUUUCCCAGAUGUUGUGCCACUACAGCCUGAGGUCAGCAGCUAUCGCCGUGGGCGUAAGAAGCGUGUCCCGUACACCAAGAUCCAGCUGAAGGAGCUGGAGAAAGAAUAUGCAGCCAGCAAAUUCAUCACCAAAGACAAGAGAAGGCGCAUCUCGGCCGCCACCAACCUCUCAGAGCGUCAAGUCACCAUCUGGUUCCAAAACCGACGAGUCAAAGAGAAGAAAUUUGUCAGUAAAUCCAAGAACAAUCACAUGCACGCCACUUGAUGAGAUGUGCGACCUCCUUAAAACUGCAACUCAUACCUUCCAAAAACAUCACGCCAUAUAUUUACCUCUUGCAUUGAAUAUCGUUGCUGAAGAACAUUUUUGGCUGAGUGUUUUUUUUUAAUAUUUAAGUUCAACUCCAUCGACCACCCCAUCAAGUCCCAAGUUUUCAGUUUAGAGGUAAUGCUCUAAAAACUGUGAAAAUAUUGAAUAUUCACUUCUCAUUUGUUUUAUAGGAAUGUACAUAUAUAAAUAUAUAAUAUUUAAAACGAUAUCUGUAUUUCAAAGGCAAGCGUUGCGUGUUUUUUUUCCUCUUUUUUUUUCUCAAGCCAAAUAUUAAAAGGACUGAUGACAUUUUAGGACUUGCAACGAGCAGAUCGAAACCGAGGAGAGUUUGAUGUUAUUUUUCAAAGACACGGUCGUCGCCAUAUGGACACGAAUUGUUGUGGCGUAAAGACACGUUGAACUUGAGACUCAAUCAUCUUCGACGAAAUCUCACAGGAAAGACUUUCGGAAGGAAGAACGAUUUUUAAAAAAGGAAAAAAAAAAAUCCGUCUGAAUUUCAAAAGAUAUGCUCCUCUGUGUGGGAUGUUCUCUAAAGCCUGGGGUGAAACAAAGGCUGCUACGUUGUUAAUCUGUAUAGUGCAAUGCCUUUAUUAUUUAAUUCAUAUUAUCUAGUAUGGCGGAACUGUAAACUGGAAUAUCCCAAAACCUGUAUGUUUUCCUUUAUCAGUGAAGGACUCUGUCAUGCAACUGGAAUGAUUGUAAACCAUUAAAGUCAGUGAGUAUUACACAUAAAUGCACAAUCGUUUUAUUUUGUUUGGACUUUGUUAGUGUAGCAUUGGAGCUGGUCACACGCCUUGUAAGAAGCCUGUAAUUUCUACUUUGGUGCAGUAUGUGAACUGUAUUGUGGUGUUGAAUUACGUACUGGUAACGUGUUUCAUAAAUAAAUGAUGAUUAUGAAAAUG